AUGUCGACGGCAACCAUUCUCUCGCACCUCUCUCCCGAAUCGUUGGGCGAGGUGUCGAAGCUCAUCAACCAAAAGACCAGCGUCGAGACGGUCUACUUCUUCCCGAUCAGCUUCAUCACACUCCUCUUCAUUCUCUACCUUCUCGCCAAUGUCUUGCACAAUCUCAUCCUCCCCCGGGCCAUCGGGCACAAAUGGCACAAAGAUAUCAAGCCGGAGCACCGCCGCACUAUGGUGGUAUACGUACUCCAGAUCCUGCUCACCACGGUGGCACUUGUGCUGCAGCUGGCGGUUGCGGCAUUGCUGCAGAACGAGUUUAGCGUGUGGCGCAUCAAUGUGUUGCGGGCAUCGGCGUGUAUCAUCGCGGCGCUCUACGUCUUCGAGUUAAUCUAUCGAUACCGCAUGACGUAUCCUAUGAUCUCGCACCAUGCCAUCACGUGCUUCGCCAUCUCGCUGUCGUUGGUCAUGCUCGAGAAGCUGCAGGAUCCGUCGUUCGCCCUCACUGGGUUGUUGUGGAUCUUCCAAGCCACCACGGAGCAGACGUGCUUCGUCGCACUGUUCAUGUACCGCCUCUCGGAGCCAGUCAAGGUGCUCCGACCGCUGUUCUGCGUUUCUGCGGUGCAGAGUCUGGUCUUCAAGUUCGCCUCUAUUGGCGGCACAGUGUGGGUUUGGGCGACCUACCAGCGCCACGGCACAUCGGAAUUGUCACACGCCUGGACGGCCCUGUUCUGGACCUCGACGGCUGGUCUCGCCUUUUCGCAAGUAUGGGGCGCUUGGGUGGUGUGGAAAGUCGGUGCCUCGCUCGAGAAGAGGUACCAGCAGAAGAGGGAGCAGGAGGAGGCGGCUCAGGCAAAGCAGACCGUGCCCGUGCUGAGGAGGAGCGAGUCGACGAUGCAGUACCUGCACUAUGGAAAGGCGAGCAUUUCGGCAGGGACAAGCAGAAGCCCUUCGAUGCAGAUCGCUGCAUGCGACUUGGAGAAGGGCAGCUUUUGA